AUGCCACCGGGUAGGCAGUUCUGGUUCCGCAUAGCCUCAGUACAAGCGUUUGAAGAGAAGCUGAAAAAUGCACACACAGACAUGGGUAUCUCCAGAGACAGUUGGACCCCAGUGUUCUACGACAAUGAAAACUCCCUCAAGGAUUUGUUCUCAAGCUGGUUACCUAUCAUGCUCAUCGCCGCCAUUCCUAUAUACUUCAUAUUUAG